AUGGUUACGCGGACUAGACCGACGGCGGCGGCCUACUCGGCUUCGCACAUGUCAGUCGCAGUUCUGGCGCUCUUAUCCUCAGCUGGCUUCUCGCGGUCUUCAGCUAGCGCCGCAGACUUGCUCUCGGAACUGAUGCAGAGGUACAUUCAGCUUAUAGGGUCUACAUGCGUGCAACACGCUAGCCAUGCCGGUCGGAACAUAGUCGCGCCGCAAGAUCUACGCGUGGCAUUGGAGCACGUCCUGGGCGGGGAUCCGAUUGACGAGUUGCUGGAAUGGGCUGAGGACGAAGGCAAGCUGGAUGUGUCUGAGCACUACGCACAUAGUGCUUCAGCACAGAUGAGCGGACUCAAUGGGGCACAUGCGGAAGCAUCAAACAGCAGCUCAACAUUGUCGGCGCUACAGGAUCCAAUGCGCGGCAAGGAUCUCAUCCGCGUCCUUAACAACGGACGUGUCCCGCCAUCAGCUUCCGACAUUGAAGAGGUACAUUUCAGACCCAUACCUGCCGAUGAAUUCGAACGGCUUGCAGCGGAGAGCAUCAUCCGUCAUCAAAUGACCAAGGAGCUUGUUUGGCCUUCCUGCCUAUCACAAAACGCUUCAGGGCUUGCAGCCGAAGCCUCCACACAAGGCUCGAGCUCGUCAGGAGAUCACGAGUCGCUGCUAUUCUCUGAUACUGAAGAUGACGAGACCGAUUUAUCAGCACCAGAGCACGGUGCAAACGGAGAUGUUGUUGAGGACAGCUCGUGGCAUUCACGUAAGCGGCGACGCACUGAUACACAGGACUAUGUGCAACCGAGGCACUUUGGCGAUGUAGUUAUAGACUACGUUCCUUCUUACCUACCACUCUUCCCCGGUAGCAAGUCAGAAAGAGAGGCUGCAGCCUCAGCAUCGGCAUCAUCAUCAGCACGAAAGGACAGGCCAGAAGCAAUCGCAGUGUAUGCGGAGGACGUCGAUACGGAGUCGCAUCCCCUGGACGUCGAUCCAGAGUACAUCUUGGAGGAGCAACGGCGAAAAGAGCUGGCACAAAAGAAAGCAGACGAAGCAGCAGCUGCUGCUGCCGCUGCUGCAGCCGAGGCGGCCAAGAAGGAAGAUGCUAACGGAAACGGCACGGAAGCAGCACCGGUCAUUCAAAAGACUGCAGAAGAAAGGGCAGCCGAAGCAGAGAAGGCAUUCGAAGCAUUACAAGCACGAAGGAUCUUGCGCGACAGCUGGAGAGAGACAGUCAAUUACGACUCAUCUACAUUGGCGGCAACUUAUGCGAAAGAUGAGUUGCGUGACCUCGAGCAGAACGUCGCAGCCGUGCUCAGCGACCCCUCUGUCACGCCCAUUGCGCCGCCAACAUCAUCAUUACGCGCCUUCGCAGCAGAUUACCAGGCGUUGGCGGAAGAUCCGACAUCGAGCGGUGCAGCAGGCAUCUUCUUGACACCUUCAGGACCAGCGAACCAGGACGCAGCGGUGAAGCGAAGGAGGUUGGCACACGCCUUGGCCGAUGCAUCGCGGUACGCACCAAACGACAGCUUGUAUGCAGCAGUGCCAGCUCGACCAUCCGUCAUCCCCUUCAACCCAAGGCCAAGCUGGCUUGUCUCAACUCUACCGCCGCCCACGCUUUACGAGGACAACGUCGAGGUGGCCAAUGCUCUCUCUGCACCAGUACUUACGCCCGUCCGACCGCAGGGCAGACCCGCAGCACUCAUUCCGCCUUCAGGAGCCCUCGUGCCGACACUUGGCCACCGUCACCCAUCGCAUCUCACUAUCGGAGCCCGUCUCGUUGCAAGUGCCGACCUUCUCAAGCGUGUCUCACGCUUCGACGACCCUAUUGCCAUCUUGGACGACAAGCACGCCGAACGCUUCUUCCACGGCCUUCCUGCUUCGCGAGACCUCCUAGGUGGCUCCGGCUCGAGCAGCGAUCUUUCGUCCAACAUUUCUUCUACACGUAGUAGCGGUGGUGGAGGGUCUGGUAGCGGCAACUCUACCUUGCGACCCGCCCUUGAAAUGCUCGUGUUGCAGAUGCGCGAGAAAGAGGCAGAGAUCUUACCGGAAGAAGAUAAGGAAGAGUUGCAACGAAGACAACAAGAGUUGCAGUUGCAGCUGCAAGCCGCGCUUGCUUCAGAGAGUGCGGGCAAGGAUUCGGCUGCCUUGUCUUCGGGUCUCAUCGCAGACAGCUAUGCCAGUAGGAUCCGGAAUGGCAACAUCACCAUGGUUCAUACAUGGGAUUGGACACCAAGAGACCCUUAUGAUAGCGUGUUGCCAGGUAAACGGAUACGCGCGCCUGGCAGGAGAGGUGUAGGUCCGAUAGCGCUGGAAAAACGGACUAGGACAGAGAGCGCAACCUCUGACCUUGGAGAAGGCGGGCUCAACGGAGCCGUGUGA